GGAGCCGGGAACGGGCCGGCCCAGGCAGCCUCUCCCGGGGCCCCGCUUAUCAGGAGCGGCCGUGGAAGCGACCAGCCCUCGCCUGCCUCCCUUUUGCAGGACUCGCCAGGCGAAGCAGCUGCAGCCGCCCCGGGGGGAGACCCGCCAGCCCUGUCCUUGGCCACCUUUUGCACCCUGCAGGGAUCUCCGUCCAGCUAGCGCACCAUGUCUAAGAAAAUCCAUGGCGGCCCUGUGGUCGAGAUGCAGGGGGAUGAAAUGACUCGUGUGAUAUGGGACUUGAUUAAGGAGAAACUAAUUUUUCCCUAUGUGGAUCUGGAACUCCACAGCUACGAUUUGGGCAUCGAGAAACGCGACGCGACGGACGACCGAGUCACCGUGGAAGCCGCCGAAGCCAUCAAGAAGUACAACGUAGGCAUCAAGUGUGCCACGAUCACUCCCGACGAGAAGCGAGUAGAAGAGUUCAAGUUGAAGCAGAUGUGGAAAUCUCCCAACGGGACCAUCCGAAACAUUCUGGGGGGCACAGUGUUCCGGGAAGCCAUUAUCUGCAAAAAUAUUCCCCGGCUGGUAUCCGGAUGGGUGAAGCCCAUUAUCAUUGGCCGUCACGCAUUUGGAGACCAAUACAGAGCCACAGAUUUUGUCGUUCCUGGCCCCGGAAAAGUAGAGAUGACAUACACCCCAAAAGAUGGUGGGAAACCUGUAACUUACACAAUACAUAACUUUGAACACUGUGGCGGUGUGGCUCUGGGGAUGUUCAACCUCGACCAAUCCAUCAAGGACUUUGCGCACAGUUCCUUCCAGAUGGCCCUGUCCAAAAGUUGGCCUCUGUACAUGAGCACCAAAAACACCAUUUUGAAGAAAUACGAUGGCCGAUUCAAGGACAUCUUUCAGGAGAUCUAUGAGAAGGAGUACAGGUCACAGUUUGAGGCCAAAAAGAUCUGGUAUGAGCAUCGGCUCAUAGACGACAUGGUGGCCCAGGCGUUGAAAUCCGAGGGAGGGUUUAUCUGGGCCUGCAAGAACUAUGACGGGGAUGUUCAGUCUGAUUCAGUUGCACAAGGUUAUGGUUCCUUGGGGAUGAUGACCAGCGUCUUGAUAUGUCCAGAUGGCAAAACAGUGGAAGCUGAAGCUGCGCAUGGCACAGUGACCCGCCACUACCGCAUGCACCAGAAAGGCCAAGAGACUUCCACCAACCCCAUCGCCUCUAUCUUUGCCUGGACCAGAGGUCUCGCUCACAGAGCAAAAUUAGAUAACAACGCAGAGCUCCAGAAAUUUGCCAGCGCCCUGGAGGACGUCUGCGUCGAGACGAUUGAGGCCGGCUUCAUGACGAAAGAUCUGUCUGCUUGCAUUAAAGGGCUACCGAAUGUGCAGCGCUCCGACUACUUGAACACCUUUGAGUUCCUGGACAAACUUGCCGACAACCUGAAGGCCAAGCUGUCCUCUCAGCCCAGACUUUGAACAGCACGUCUCCACAAGUUCUCAAAGGAAGGUUGCCUGCCGGACGAAUGGAUGAAUGAGACCCUCUGCCUGGUGGCCUCACACUACACGGUCUGAGGAGAAAUCGAGCUGAAAAUGGAAACUUAACCUGGACUCUCUCACCCCUUGGGCGCCCAAGCGAUUUCUGUGGGCUUUUUUAAAAAGGCAGUGACAACCACCGUCCUCGCAAACUAAACUGUUGAUCCACCAGACAGUCUAAUUCUUCCCUUCCUUCUUCUGAUUGUACAGCAAAGCUGUUUUGUUUGGAGAGGGGGUUGGGUUGGGUUAAGUAUAAGAAGUUGCAGAUCACCCACCUUAGCAAUGGAAGUGUACCUUUCUCAUAAUGUCCAGUGAAUUUUACAAACAGAAUCAGAUCCGCCAGACAGGGUGGGGAGUACUUAUUCUUGGGAGAUCCAGAAUGACACGGGCCAGUCCCUUCCUAUCACCAUGUCUAGUUGAAGGAAGGAAAUUUUCCUUUUCUCUUCAGCCAUCUGUUGAGGCGCAGUUAUUCAGCUGUUUCUCAUUAGCCGUCUGAACAAAUUUAUCAUGUUCAAAAUAAAUGACUAAUUCCCA